UUGGUUUUCAAUUGUUUAGACUCCUUUUCUUUGAUACAGACCAAGGAUAGUUAUUUAAGAAAAUAAUCGAGACAUUAAGUGAAUUCGAAAAAGCUAGGAGAAAUCACAAAUACAAUGAGUGAAAUCAAGGGUACAUUAUUUCGAGUGUCGUAAUACUGGACUGAUUAUGCUGCGCCAAACAUGCAACUUGUAUUCGCUGGUUGCUGCAGCUCAGCAGCACCAGCAGCAGAGGGGGAUGGCAACGUUGAAGACCAUCUCAAUGCGUUUGAAAUCAGUAAAAAACAUCCAAAAAAUCACUCAGUCCAUGAAAAUGGUGUCAGCAGCUAAGUACAAUCACGCGGAGCGUGAUCUGCGACAGGCAAGACCAUUGGGUGAGGGAACAAAACAGUUUUAUGAGCAAGCAGAGAUCACAGCACCUGAAGGCGAACCAAAACAAUUGAUUGUGGCCAUCACUAGUGAUCGUGGCCUUUGCGGAGCUGUCCACACCGGUGUUGCACGUAGUAUUCGUGAUUCCUUACUCGCUGAUUCACAGUUGAGGGAAAACACUAAGAUCAUCUGUGUUGGGGAGAAGUCUAAAGCUAUUCUGUCGAGGUUGUUCCCGAAUAAUAUUCUUUUCGUGGCUUCUGAGGUAGGAAGAAAACCACCAACUUUUGGGGAUGCUGUUAAGGUCGCGGCUGAGAUCAUGAACUCUGGGUAUGAAUUUGGAGGUGGACGUAUCGUCUAUAAUAAAUUCAAGUCGGUAGUCUCAUACAAAGUGGACCAGCUCCCUCUCUUCGAUAAAGCAGCCGUGACCGCCGCCCCAAAAAUGUCCAUUUACGAUUCUCUUGAUGAGAGUGUGAUUCAAAGCUACAUGGAAUUUUCUCUUGCCUCUCUCCUCUUUUAUUCCAUGAAGGAAGGUGCAUGCAGCGAACAAUCCAGCAGAAUGACUGCCAUGGACAAUGCCAGCAAGAACGCUGGCGAAAUGAUUGACAAACUUACCCUCACCUUCAAUCGUACUCGCCAAGCAGUCAUCACUAGGGAGCUGAUUGAAAUUAUCUCAGGCGCUGCGGCGCUGGAUUAAAAUAACUGAAAGUCAUUACAUUGUAUAUUCCAGAUAUUGCAGUUGCGUAGUCGGGGAAUCUACUAACUGAAAAGGAAAAUGUUCUUUUGAAAUAUUAAAUAAAACUUAAGUCAUUAACUACA